AUGUGUGCGGCCUACACGUGCCGCACCUCGCCCGACUGGCGUGGCUCGCAUCUCGUCGCGAGCUGCCACAUCCCAGCUGGCGCGGUGCUGCUGACCGAGGCGCCAGCCGCCACGACGUGUGGAGAUGACGAGUCGGAGUCGGUCGAGGCCGCCCUGGCUAAAGCGCUGCUGGAGAGCGGCCGCGGCUCAGACUGGGCAGCGCGCUUCGCAGCGCCGCAGCAGCGCGGUGGAGCGACCGAGCACGCCGCAGCAGCGCCGCCGAUCAGCGACGAGGCGUUGCGACGGCUCUGCGCCAGCGGCGUCGACGAGGUGGCAGCGCUGGCGGUGUACGAUGCCGUGCGACACAACGCCUUUGGCCUCGAGACGCCCCUCCUCGGCGUCGAGCACGGCGCGGCCUUCUACGAGACGGCGGCGAAGCUCAACCACAGCUGCGACCCAAACUGCCUGUCCACCCGGCUCGGAGGCAACUUUGCGCUGUUUGCGGUUGCCGCCAUCGAGGAGGGGAGCGAGCUCUUUCACUCGUACCUGCCUCCCCGCCUGCUGGUUCUGCCGCGGCGCGCUCGCCGGGCCCACCUCCACUUUCCGUGCCGCUGCAGCCGCUGCGAGGCGGAGCCCGAGGAGCCGCCGUCACCGCUCGCGCAGCUAGGCUGGCCAGCCGCGCACGCCGCCACGGCGGAGGGGCACUUGGUCGGCCGGUUCAGCCUCCUGUGCGCCGGGGGUGCGCCGCGGGAGGUUGUGGCUGCGGGCGCCGGCCUCCUUUCCAACGCGCCGCUCGUGAGCACGCUGCGGCAGCGGCCGCUGGCGGCGCUGCAGGUCUGCUUGCCGCUGCUCGCGAGCAGCUGGCAGGCGCGUGCGAUGGGUGGUGCCGACGCCGCCGCCGACGACGAGGGAGGCUGGCUGGGCGGCUUUGGCGGCGGCGGGCGCGACGCGGCGCCUCCAGCUUGCCUCCGCUGCUCCCGGUGCAAGGGCGUGCUCUACUGCAGCGCUGUGUGCCAGCGGGCGGACUGGCCGUCGCACCGCAACCAUUGCACGCCGGUCGCCGCGGUUUCUGGCAGCGACGCUGCCGCCGCCGGCAUCAGCCGCUUGUCAGAGAGCGAGGACGACGGUGGCGAGGACGACGAGGUGGACGUCCCAAUCCGGAGGGUGGGGGCGGGAGGUGGCGCGGACACAGAGACGUUAGAGCAGUCGUGGGAGCGGAUGCAGGCUUCGGUCGCGUCAGGCCGAGCGCAACGUCUCGACGUCCAGUACGAAGUGCUUCAACGCUAG